AUGCGCUAUAUCAAGCCAGCAGCAGGCGGCAGCAUUGCAAUUCACACCCUUCCUCCAGCGACGUUCGACUCCAGUGUCCCGCAGCUCUGGUCCGACGUGGCUGCCAGUCGCAAGAGCACUCACCCAGAUGCUCCGGUGAAGCAGGUUUUCCGGACAUUUGAGCUACUCGAGAAUAUCCUCCUGUACCUCGAACCCAAGGACAUCCUCCGAAUCCAGCGCACCUGUCGCACACUCGAGGAGGUCACGACAAAUUCACCGCCCCUCCAGCGCAAGCUCUUCCUCGCCCCGGAUGAGAAGCUGAAUGUCCCAGACUGGUAUGAUGCGGAUCCUCACCAUGCGGAGCAUCUCUGGCAAGACAGUGUACUCACAGGCAAACCGGCGCAUGAUCACCUCGCAACAUCACUCGCACGCAAAGUCGAUCCUGUCCCCUAUCCGACUGUUGUGUUCAACACUCUAAUCCUAACUUACGAUCUCAACAACACUACUGACUUGACCAUCAGCGUUCAUUCCGGACAUGACCUAGAGAAUAGGAAGUUCGACUGCCUCGAACCUGUGCACUGGAUUCACGACCUUCCUCGUGACGCAGGAUGUCGCAAAAUGUUCCUUACCCAUCCCCCGGUAACACACGUUGUUGUCGAGCAUGUCUGGAACGACAGCGGCCACGCUCUCGAAGAGAAGACAAUCCACGCACCAGAGGGUGUUAGAUAUGGGCAAGUGAUCGACGUCGUUCGCGAGGCCUGGAAGAGAUGCAAAGAAGGGCUCAGCUACUGUGAAGGCUGGGAUUACUGUGAAGGCUGGAGUUACUGUGAAGACUGUCGCGGGCGUGGCCGGAGACACUGGUGUUGCUUCUGGGUGAAUCACCGAGCGCGGAUCCGCGUCCCGAAUGCUGCGAUGAUGAGAGUGGAAGAUCGCGAACUUGUGAAGCAGAUGACGACGGACUCGGCGAAGCCGCAGGAGGAUCAAGUCUAUGAUCACAAGGUGGCACGCUGCAGUUGUUCACCAUUGGAAGAUGAGUAUGACAAGUACUAUAUGCCCGAACUACCCGAACUACACGAGAAGCCGCCAAUUUGGACUUUCAAGGACUUGGCAAUUCUUUUCGGCGAUGUGGACCCAGGAUGGUAG